GUAUUAACGUUUCUUUGUUGUGUUUAUAUGUUGUGAGUCAGUGCAAAAUUGUGAUAAAACCUCAGAAUUGAAACAAAAUUUAGUCUGCCACCAAAAUUACAAGUGUCAAGAUGUCUCUAGUAACAGAUGAAGAGUGGGUGGAGUACAAAUCCAAGUUCGACAAGAUCUACGAAGCUGAGGAGGAUCAGAUGCGGCGUGAACUCUACGCAAAGUCCAAGGCCCGGAUUGAUGAACAUAAUCGGAAAUUCGAGAAGGGCGAAGUGACUUGGAAAAUGGGUAUUAACCAUUUGGCUGACCUCACUCCUGAAGAAUUUGCUCAGCGUUGUGGUAAAAAACCGCCACCGAAUUAAAUACCAGAAUCUCACUCAAAAUUUAUUUGGAAUCGUGAUCGCUUAAAGACAGUAAUCUCUUUGUAUAUUUUUACAAUCAUGCAUUUGUAUUUUGUAAUGUUUUUAUUUUACCCACCCCACAAUAAACAAUAUUUCAGCUGAU